AAUACGUAUCCGUAUACAGAGAGCUGCGGAAUAGUGCGCCUGAAAAGAACGACUGCCAGUCAGUAUUCAUUCACAUAUUUUUCUCGGGCUGCACGGUUGCAGAGCGGACGAUUGGGAAAAGUUACGGUUGGAAAAGCGGAAAACGGAGCGAUUGCCUCGCAGUGAGCGGUCUAUACGGUUCUCCAUGACGCGUUCGCCUUUCGCCCGGCUUUCGAUGCCGCUUGCUGUUUGAAUUGGCCAAACACCAGGAGUGCUGAGUGUGUCGCGGGUGUGCGGAUGUGCGGCUGCGGCUAAACAUAAUUUUUGCGCGUUCGCUGCUGCGUUGACAGCUGCAGAGCUGCAGCAAAAAGUGGAGAAAAAAAAAAGCUGAAAAGUGCAAAAGAGAAACGGCAGACAGCAAAACAAACAGCCAGCAAACAAAGCAGGCAGAAGCCAAUACGAAACGAAACAAACCUCGAAAACCCACACACACCUGCUGCCUGUUGUCCGGACGUGGUGUUAGUGUUAGUGUUUUGGUCCAGAAGGCCAAAAAGUGCAAGCAGGAUAGCUUUCGGUGUGAUUUUUCGGCGCCAGAGAGGGCCACCCGGGCCACCCGAGCCACCCGAACAAGACUCCCAAAACCAAAAAAAAAAACGGAAAAAAAUAAAGAAAUACAGACCAGACCCGUAAAUCGAAACCCGAUGGGAUUGUCAACAUGGAGCUGCAAAGUGAAUGAAAAUAUCUUUGGGGCGGAAAAGUGUGUGUGCCGCGGAGCAUGUGCGUCGUCUGGAUUGGGAAAUGUGCACCGUUCCCGAUCGCAGCUGAGGAUUAUUGAUUCCGUCGAAUUACGGAUUGCACAAUCCACGAUCCAUCCACGAGUACGAGUGUGUUUUUGAAAAUAAAUCUCCUCCGCGUAUUGCAGCUGCCUACUUAGGCUAAUUGAUUUUCAUUUCGUUAUUUUUUGUGUGUGCUGUUUUUUGUUUGUCCCCCUACCUCCUCGAUUGUUUGUUAACUGGUUUGUUUGUUAGCCUCUUGCAAUGAGGCGUCCUAAAGCUGCCAAUGACAAAAACAACAACUACAUCAACUCGCCAAAUGAACAGCAGCAGAAGCUACCGAAACAAAAACAAAUACCAGUACUAGUACAUGAAGUGAAGCUGCGCGACAAUUGCGUGCCUCGUUUUAGCUGUUUUUUUAAUUAAUUUUAAGUGUUGCCCUUUUUGCCGUGACCGAAAAAGAUAGCAACAAUCUAAAAAGAAAGAGAGAGAGAGAGAGGAGAAAGCCCUCCGGAAAUCGGCAAUUUAAUUUACAAUACAACAUUAGUACGGAACAUAAAAGCGGAUAAAGCCAGCGACGACCCAUCCAGCAAGGGAGCUACGAAAAUGUUCGCGGGAAUAAGGAAACGCCUGGCACGCAAGCAAAACGAGAAGGAUUGCGAUGAGGACGACAAGGACGAUGUGCUCAGCAUUAUGCCGCCGCCUCCGAACUACAUACAGAUAUCCCAGGGCAGGAUCCAAUUGGUCCAUCAGCCGAGGACGCCCGUGGAAUCGGAAGCGGGCACGUUGUCCCUGGAGCGGCCCAGCGGUGGCAGCACCUCCGGAUCCGGUGGUUGUGAUAAGGAUGUGUUGGAGAAGCGGAUGAUUGAAGUUGAAGGCGCUCUGCUGCGUUUGCAGGAGGAGUUCCAUAAAAGCCAAUGCGGGUCGCCAACGUUCGAGAAGGAAUUGCGCGAACAAAUUGAAAACAUGAAUCGCAUUAUGAAAUCCAAAGAACGCAAGCAAAUGCAGACAUGUCGGGAUCACAAGGCACUGCAGACCCGCUUUGCGCGCCAGGAGAGCUUGCUGCACUCGAUGCAGCAGGAAAAUCGCGCCCUGCUCACCCGUAUCCGGCAAUACGAGCACUGCCUCGACGACGUAAUGCGCAAAGUGGUAGAUGCCAUUGUGGCGGAGGAUAAUCUCCGGGAGGAAGUGAGUAUGCUAAAGGGUAGAGUCCGGGAUCUGGAGGCCCAGAAUGCCGCCCUCUCCGCCAGCCCUGUGAAGGGCAGAGACGAAGGCUAUUGCACCAUGAGCAGCGGACAGCCCCAGCCGUCCAACGGACAUCUGGAGGAUCUGCCCGAGGAGCCGGAACAGUGGCUACUUCCCGCGGAACCGUGCUCUACGGAAAUGGAGGACUGGAGCAUGUCGCAGGAGGAGCUGGCUGUGAUGACCUUCGACGAUGAGCGGGAGCAGCAGCAUCAGUUGCAGCUCCAGCAGCAGCAGAGGAGGAAGCGAGAUCAUGACUGGCUCUGGCCAUCAAGUGACUUCAUCAAUUCCACCACCGUGGAGACGGAUUCCGUGGCCGAUGGCAUUGCCCAGCUGUUGCAGCAGAAGAUUGUUUACUCCGAGGACGAGGAGGUCGCAUGUACUGACUUCACCAAUGACUUCUACAAACUGGUUAACAUUCGCUCCAACUCCUCGCGUAGUCUCUACUCCUACCUGGAGGGCGAGACCGAUGACGAGGAUGAGGACGACGAGGAGGCGGAGGAUUCGAGCAUGUCGGAGAGUCAGGUGGGACCUGCUGCCCGGAAUGCGAUGAACGGCGGUAGCAGCCCCACACCCAGCGAAGCGGGACGAGCCCAACUGACCAGCUGCUCCUCCAGCGAAACGGAUGAGCUCUCCGCCAGUCAACCGAAGAAGGAGGAGGAGCCCGACUAUGCGGUCAUCGAUGAAUUUCAUCGUCGGGUGAGCGACAUUGAGAUCGAAGAUGUUCCCCUGAUCGUGAGCAGCAGUACGCCCAUGAAGCCGUUGGAUGAGCAGCAGUGCAUUGCCCAGAUCAUCAAGAGCGAGCUGCGCCGGCCGCCGCAUGUCCUUGUCAAGUCGAAAUCGGUGCUAGAGGAGCAGGAGCCCAGCUGCAUCCUGCGCCACAACCAGCGCCGCGAACUGGAAUCCACUGUGGUGAGAAGCGACAGCAUUAGCUGCGCCAUGAUGGCAAAAAUGGCCAAAGAAGUAGCUCCGCCGGCGCCGGGAAUGGUGACCAAGCUGAAGGAAAGAAUGCUGCAGCGACAGGCAUCCACGCCGCCGACAACCAGUUCCUGGCGCCGGAGCAAUGGCUGGAAAAGGGUGACAUCUCCAGUCCAUCCUCCAACAGCGGCUGUUUCGUCAAAGAAGAAGGAAACCAAAUCAUCGGAGCUGCCAAAGAGUUGCCUGCCCAAGGCCCAGCCCACCAGAAUUCCAACGAGCAUCCAUUCGUCGGUGUCCUCGUCCUCCUCCAUGUCCUCGUCCUGCUCCCCGUCGCCCUCCUCCCCCUCGCCGCAGUCCCCAUCACAGCAGCAGAAAUCGCCAGGACAACAGAAGUCGCCGCAGCAGCGGAAGUCGAAAAUUCCACCGCCCGUACCAGUACGCCGGUCCUAUGCGAGUUAAAAGUUGACGCCUCAGCGAAAUCUCAAAUUAAUAAUCAUCAAGCAAACAAAUAUUUAAAGAUUUAAAAGACUAAAUUGUGAUAUAUUCAAACAAAACAAAACAAAACUAAACGAAAACAGAGCAGAUAAAUGAUAAAGGAUAAUACUAAAAACUAAAGAGAAAAAGGAGCGGAGGAGCAAGCAAUGUUUUGUACGUACGAAUACGAGUAUUUAUGCAUAUUGUAAAUUUUUUGGAAGAUGUUUUACCUUGUAAGCGGCACUGCCAACUGUUCCCCCAAAAACGAAAAUGACGAAAAAUUUAAGGAUAUGCGUAUAGCUCACCCUGCUCUAUGGCAUAUAUUUUGUAGAGCAGCGGCUGCAGCAUCCCAAUGCAGUAGGUUACUAACUAACUAUAGAUCGAGACAACUUCAUUACUGAUUGAUCUCUUUGUCGCCGGCAAGGAGCAAUUCAAACUACUAUUAGCUAGCUUGGGUCAUGAGCCAGGACAUGAACUAAAACUGUAGUCUUCCGCACAAGUCGAGUGUUUAACUGAUUUUUAAACUGGACACUUCUAGGACGCAUUAACUAAAACGAGUUAGAACCCACGGACACACUCGAACUAACGACAGUUGAACAAUUGCAUUUAAGGGUGAAAUAUUUCAAAGUGUUUACGAUGCAAUGUAAAAUGCAUACCUAUUUAAGUACGACAUAACACAUAUACUAUAUAGAUAUAUAUAGAAGGUUUCCGAGAGCGAACAUUAAACGACACCCAUAACAAUAAACUGUAAAUAGCAGUCGUCGAAUAAAGCUAAUGACAAGAACCUCUUCUUCAGACGUAGAGUUAGCUCCUCAGGGCCUGCUGCCACCGACUAAUUUAUCGCAGCAGCCCGCAUCCUAAUCAUAUAUAUAUAUAUACAUACACUUAUAUAGAACAGAACGCACUAUGAUCGAGGAAAGAAAGAUAACUUAGAUAUAAGCUCGUAUAAACAUUAUAAAUGUAUUUUCGUAGCGUAGCGAGUACAAAAUAAACAAAAAUGAAGUUA